AUGCACGUUUUAAAAUACAACUGCGACACUGAGACAAGAACUGAUACUAGGAGUCCCGAAGCGUGGAAACUGCAAAGAGCCCCACCGGGCCUAGGGCCGAGAGACAGCGCGGGAACAUGGCCUCGCCCCCGCACCGGAACUGCGGGGGCGGGCCUCCGAGACGGCCCCACGGGGAAGAGCCUCGGGGACCCUUACCAGGACACGUGCUUCAGACACGGCGUGCCCUGGCCCGGCCGCGGGUGGGAGAAAUUUGUGCCCAAAGGCGUCUGCUACGGCUGCGGAGGUGACUGGCAGUUCAAAGGUGGUCUUAAAGUGGACAUUAAUAGUUCGGAAUACACGGGUUACAAGUAUUUCUACAACAGACCCGGAUACAGGGUCAAGGCGAGAUCCUGCGAGGAUGCGAGGUUCAUUCACCUCAACUUUAUACUACUCGCUGAACUCAUGCACUUCGAAAAGGACUUGCAGUCAGAGAUCGAGACUCACCGCGAUGUAUACGCGUCGCUCACGGGAACAGGCCGGCGGCUACUGGGCUCGUUGUCCUCGCAGGAGGACGCCGUCAUGCUGCAGCGCCGGCUGGACGAGAUGAACCAACGCUGGCACCAUCUCAAGGCCAAAAGCAUGGCCAUCAGGAACCGUCUGGAAAGUAAUGCGGAACACUGGUCCGCGUUACUGCUGUCUCUGCGCGAGCUGACGGAAUGGGUCAUCCGUAAGGAGACAGAGCUGACAGCGCUGGCGCCCCCGCGCGGUGAUCUCGCCGCGCUGCUCAAACAACAGGACGACCACCGAGCGUUCCGGCGCCAGUUGGAGGACAAGCGGCCCGUGGUGGAGAGCAACCUGCUGAGUGGCCGCCAGUACCUCGCCGCGGAACCGCUUGCCGAUGCCAGCGACACCGAGCCGAGCCGCGAGAGCGAGGGCGACUCGCGCGGCUACAGGUCGGCGGAGGAGCAGGCGCGCGAGCUGGCGCGCUCCAUCCGGCGCGAGGUGGCCAAGCUCGCCGACACCUGGAACUCGCUCGUCGACCGCAGCGACGCCUGGGGCCGCUGUCUCGACGACGCCGUACAGCGCGUACGAGCAUUCACAACAUCACUGGAGGAGCUCGCCGCGCGUGUGCAGGCGGCGGAGGCUGCCCGAGCAAGCUGGCGCGCGCCGGGAGACGCGAGGGAUGCGCGCGCGCAGCUCGACGCGGUGUCGCGGGCACGCGCACAGCUCCCGCCCUUGCGCCGGCUGGCUGACGAGCUGCGGGCCCAGGCCCAGCACCUUGCUAGGGAUAAUGUACAGCUGCCAGACCAUUUGAGAGCACGACUCGACGACUUAAACGCUAGGGUGACAGCGCUGAGCGCGGGCGGCGAGGAGCGCGCACGUCAGCUGGCGGGCGUGGCGCGUGAUGGAGGCGCCGGCGCCGCACAGGGCUUCCUCGCCGGCUCCGUGCGCCCGCCCUGGGAGCGCGCCGUCACGCCCGCCAAUGUGCCCUACUACAUCAAUCACGAGCUGGAGACAACGCACUGGGACCACCCGAAGAUGAUCGAAUUGAUGACGUCACUAGCGGACCUCAACGAGGUGCGCUUCUCCGCGUACAGGACUGCGCUCAAACUGCGCGCCGUGCAGAAGGCGCUCUGCAUGCACAUGCUGCAGUUGGGCGGCGCGCUGGACGCGUUCGACGCGCACGGCCUGCGCGCGCAGAACGACCGCCUCAUCGACAUCCCCGACAUGAUCACUGUACUCACUUCGCUCUACGAGCGUUUUAAGGCGUACAAGAUGCUCAAAGCAUUAUCUUUUAAGGCGUACAAGACGCUCAAACAAAUCGUGAUAGCGGCGGAGAACCCGAGCCUGGUGAAUGUGCCGCUGUGCCUGGACCUGUCGGUGAACUGGCUGCUCAACGUGUACGACAGCCAGCGCACCGGACAGAUCCGCGUGCUCAGCUUCAAGGUCGGCCUCGUGCUGCUCUGCAAGGGACAUCUCGAGGAGAAGUACAGGUAUCUUUUCCGUCUGAUUGCGGAUCCGUCCUGUCGCGCCGACCAGAGGAAGUUGGGCUUGUUGCUCCACGACUGUAUACAGGUUCCGAGACAGCUGGGCGAGGUGGCGGCCUUCGGAGGGUCCAACAUUGAGCCCUCAGUGCGCAGCUGCUUCGAGCAGGCCUCCGCCGGGGGCAGGGAGGGGGGCCGGGAGGGGGGCAAGUCGACCACACUCGACAGGAAGACUGUAGGAGAGAAGGACAAAGAGAAGGAGAAGGAGCGCGAGAAGGAGAAGGAGGACAAAGAGAAGAGCGUGGAGCGCGACGCGGAGGGCCAGCUGCAGCACAUCGAGGCGUUCCACUUCCUGCAGUGGCUGCAGAAGGAGCCGCAGAGCAUGGUGUGGCUGCCGGUGCUGCAUCGCCUUGCUGCAGCUGAGGCCGCGCGGCACCAGGCCAAGUGCAACAUCUGCAAGGACUAUCCCAUCGUCGGCUUCAGGUACCGUUGUCUGAAGUGCUUCAACUUCGACAUGUGCCAGAAGUGCUUCUUCAGCGGCCGCAAAGCCAAGAACCACAAGCUGACGCAUCCCAUGCAGGAGUACUGCACCGCGACGACGUCGGGCGAGGACGUUCGCGACUUCACUCGCGCGCUACGCAACAAGUUCAAGUCCGCUCGCUACUUCAAGAAGCACCCGCGUGUCGGCUACCUGCCAGUGCAGACUGUGCUGGAAGGCGACGCGCUGGAGUCCCCGGCGCCCUCCCCGCAGCACGGGGGCGGGGGCGGAGUUGGGGGCGCAGGCGGGGGCGGGGCUGCAGACGACAUGCACUCACGUCUAGAGCUCUACGCCUCGCGUCUCGCGCAGGUAGAGCUGGGCGCACGAGCAGCUGACACACCUGACAGCGACGAGGAGCACCAGCUGAUAGCUCAGUACUGCGCCUCUCUGAACGGCGGCGGCGAUGCGGAGGACGCGCCGCGCUCGCCUGUACACGUCGUCUCCGGCAUUCACCGCGAGCAGCGCCACGAGCUGGAGGCCAUGAUACGCGAGCUGGAGGAGGAGAACGCGAGCCUGCAGGCGGAGUACGAGCGGCUGAAGGCGAAGCAGACGCCGGGCUCGACGCCGGAGGAGCCGCUGGGGGAGCGCGGCGGCGCCGGGGACCAGGACAUGAUGGCGGAGGCGCGGCUGCUGAGACAGCACAAGGGCCGCCUGGAGGCGCGCAUGCACAUCCUGGAGGAGCACAACCGCCAGCUCGAGGCCCAGCUGCAGCGCCUGCGCACCUUGCUGCACGAGCCGUCUGGUUCUCCGCCUGCGCGCACCGGCACGCUGCAGACGCGCUCGGUGACGGCCUCCCAGCUCGCCACCGACUCCCCCGCCAAGCUGCACAACGGCCUCUACCACGACCCGCACGCUGCAGGAGGGGGUAGGGGGGAGCGCGAGGAGCGUCCGCCGCCGCCGCCGCACGCGCUGCACUCGCUCAUGCACUGCGCAGAUGAUCUCGGUCGUGCUGUAGAAGAACUAGUGUCGGUGAUGUCUGAGGAGCAGACAGGGCCGGCCGCGCCGCCGGACUACGCCAACACCAACGGCAACAGCAAGCCCGCAGACAGCAACACCAAGGAGUAACUGCUCCUCUGCAUUGACCACUCGGUGCUGCCUACAGCGGGGACUUCUCUAUAGCAGCCCUCACUUGCGGCUACAUUCUCGCGCUCUGGCAACACUCUAUCACGCCAAAGAGUUUUUGCUACAAUGGUAUUGCUUCAUCUUUGUUAUGGCAACACUACACUUCUAUAAAUCCGGUAAAUGGGGAGAAAAACUGUAAGCUCUAAGUAGGCGGCGCUAGCGUCUAAAGUGGGCUGUCAUCUGUCAAAAUUUUAUAAUUCUAGCGAUCU